AUGGAAGUGGAUAGGGAUUGUGGACAGAAACAAGACUCUUUUCGCGUACCAUGUCGGAAAAAGUUACGACAUUUUUUUACUCCCAACUUCAUUCCGGUCUUUCUUGACGAAACAAACACCUUGUUUUCGAGUUUUACUUUGGAGCAAGAAGCAAGGAGUGUAUGCGGGGGAAAUGAGGAAUGCUUGUACGAUAUUGCUGUAACAGGUAAAAAAGAUAUUGGUGAGGCGACGUUGGAAUCCUUUAAUGAAAUACAGAAAAGAACAAAUGCGUCAAAACUUGUUGCCAAGCGUAUUUUCUUUGGUUGUGAUGGAGUCGAGAACAGUGGGAAGAAAGUAGAUUUUUGUGGUGAUUGUGGAGGAGACAACUCAUCGUGCACUGAUUGUGAAGGUCGCAUAAGACCUGGCUUUCUUAACAAUGAAACAUGUGGUUCCUAUCUGCCCUGGAGCGAAUGGAGUGUUUGCAUCGGCGUAGAUGAAAAAGUAACAAGAGAGCGAAACCGAACAUGUUCGAAAAAAGGACAUUGUCGUCAUUUAGGUAACAGUAUACAACAAGAAAAAUGCAAGACUAGUGAGGAUGACGACGAUCGAAAAGCGUUAAAGUUCUAUGCAGCUGUUAUUGGUAUUCCUGUUGUUGCCAUAAUUCUCAUCAUUGCAAUCGCUGCAUUGUGUAAGCGCUGCUGUUGCAGCAAGAUUUCUUCAACUGCUCCAGCCAAUUUACAUGUCUCUAAUCAUCAAAAUAACUCUUAUAUUAUGUAGUUUAAAGUUAUUUCCAGGCAGAAUAGCAU